CUAACUACUAACAACGCGCGCAGUCGAUCAUCAGAUACGUACGCCUCACGCAAAUGAUGUCCGACCGAGACGCGACCUGACAAUACGAGACAACGAUCCAGAGGCGAGGCGAAGAGAGGAGGCGUCUGGCGCCACAAGAUGCAGAUCUACAAUGCCCACAACGGGCGCUCCUUCAACCUUCAAGGACGCUUCAGCCUCGAUGCCAUUGCCCUUGCGACGCAGAUCCCCACCGACUCCCUCAUCUGCAUGGCAAAGGACGGCACCCAGCUCACCGAUGAGGCCAUGGAGAGGAUAGUCGAGCGGGAGGAACAGGCUGAGGGAGCCAGUACGAGUGCGAGCAAGCUUGGCUCGAACCUGGAGUUCUUCGUCUUCAAUCGCGACUACCUUUCGUCGGAUCCUGACGUAGUGGCAGAAGAUCUGCGGGAGCCUCCUGUGCUGGAGCCCCCAAUCGAUGGCUUUGAAGCUGUGCAUCCACCCACACCCCGCUCCCUCGAUGGGCUCCUCGAAUGGUCCUCCAGCAUCUUGUCGACGGUCAGCAUCCAUCACGGCAGAUCUCAGGAGCUUUUCAACAACAUUUCAGCCAUGGACAGGAGCGCAAAGAUCGCCCUGGCCAACCUGCUGACCCAUGCGAGGUCUGUCCGGGCUGGCGCGUCGACACUGCGAGAGUUUGCAUCGAGGGAGCUUGAUCGAAUGGAGGGCCUCAUACAGGGGCAUGAACGCGACCUCAAGACCCUCAAUCUAGUCCAAAUCAACCCGCAAAUCGUGCCGCCGGUACCAGAUGGAAGAGGGCAAAGGUCGAAAGAGAGGACGCUGAGCAGCUAUGUGAGCCCCGCCAAGAUGGUGUCGGUAUUCGAAUCGUGCAACAAGCUCUACCAGGAGGUCUUGGACCAGUUGGGUAAGCUCUUUCAGGACGAGGCGACGCUAGCCGAAGAUACCGAGUCCAUGAGGGUCGAAAUUGAAGCAACGAGCGUCACGCCCUCGAGCGAGUCACUUGAAGAGGCCACACAGGCCCUCUCGCGGGCAGACGAGCUGGAACAGUACAUCCACCAGACGUGCUCACCCGACGAGAAUGGGUGGCCCGCGGCAGAGAAGCUGGCAAACGAUGACGAGGCCCUUGGUCGGGUCGAAGGUGCGAUCAAUGAGCUCUUCCUCCUCGACGAGGUGGCCAGACAGUCUGUCAGGAGACUUGCUGCCGACAAAAACGACAUGGUGGACCGCUGUCUGCACGCGCUGGGCGACAUCAGCGCUCUUCAAUCGGACUUCAACGAGGUGUCGGCUUCGCUCUUGGCCCUUGACAGUGAGCUCAAGUCCAACCGCAUGGACGGCUUCCGACAUUUAGCUCGCCUCAAGAACAUGCUUUGGGCCUAUGGCUCGUCUCUCAUUGAGAUUGUGCGGCGGCGAGAGUUCACCAAGGCCUAUCUAUCGAGGAGUCAAGGCAUGGCCGAGCUCAUGGCGUCUCUAACCAGUAUUGAGCGGCGCCGAAGAUCCGAUUUCAAACGUGAGGUUAUGGGCCAGCUGCCCUGGGACGUAAAGGGUCUCGAUGACACCACGCCUUCGCUAGAGAUAUCGACGGCUGCAACUGGCGAGAGCGCCGUGGUGAUUGAGCGCGAAGACCUCGAAGCUUUUUUCAAGAUGGUCGACGACAUUGACCGCCAGAUCUCCGGCGACGACUUCGUAGAGGGCCAGGGGCCGCUCCAGGAGACGAAGAAGGCGCUUCGUGCCCUCGUUGACAGGCUUGAUAAUUUCGAGGGCGAGUUCAUGCGGCUGGUCGAGAUGAAUCUGCUCAAGCAAGGUGACUCGGAUGAGGAGAGCAUGGACGAAGACGAGGACGAGGAUGAGGAGGCUCGGCUUUUGAGGCGCAUCAGGUCUGCACCCUCGAACGGACAUGCACGGGGCUGGAAGGUCGAGCGAGAAAAGAUGCAGCAAGAGGUUGAGGAACUUCAGCGGCAGCUCGCAGAUACCAAACGAUCUGCAGCACAAGCACAAGACGAAGAGAUCACUGCCCUCCGCAACGAGGCGAGCAGACUUCGAGCGGAGCUUCGGUCGCAGGAGGCGACGAUUGAUACAGAGCGCUCCGCCCAUGAGGAAGCGAAGAGGCUCCUCGAAAACCUUCGAGCGGACGCAGAGACUGAAGAAGCUCGACGUAUCAAUAUGCAUGACGAGCUGCAGAGGCUCCGGGACGAAGUGGAAGAGGCGAAUCGGGCCGAAAACCAAGCCAAAGCCGAGGCUAGUGACGAAGCAGAACGGAGCAGCGAACUCGAAACGCAUUUGCAUGAGAUGCAAGCUGAGCUUGAAGAGAUCAAGGCGGCUAAAGAGGAUGCAAGCAACCGUAUCGAGGCCCUCUUGAGCGAGGGCAGUUCAGCGGAGAGGGAGCUCUCGUCGGCCCAUCAUCGCAUCGACGACCUCACAGAGCAGCUUCGAUUAGCGCGUGCUGACACGAGAGAGGCUCGUGACCAGCUUCAGGAAGCCGAGGUAGCCAAGGAUAAAGCCCUUCGCAGCUCUCGCGCAGAGGCAGACGGCGACCGUGCCAUCUUGGAAGAGAAUCUUAAGAGUAAGGAGAAGGACCUCGAAGCGACACGAGAGAGGAGCAUCAAAGCGCAGGCCGAGGCGAGCCAGCAGCGACAAGAAGUAGCUUCGCUCAAGGGGCAGCUAGAGGCUGCCGACGAGGCCCACGACGCGCUCGUUCAGCAGCUAGAAGCGGCUAAGGACGAAGCUGCCGAUGCAGAGAUGGCCAAGCGUCACGUUGAACGACAGCUCGAUGGCAUCCUGAACCACACUCGGCCAAUGGUUGCAAAGACGAUUGAGCUGAGCCGCUUUGUGCGAGCUUUGCCGACGCUGUCGACCAAAAGCUCAAAGGAACGGGCUUCGAAAGAAGCGAGCGAGUCCGCACCCGCCGUUGAUACGUCCCACGCCCUGACGACGCAGGCGAAUACUGACGAUCCUCAAAGAAGGGAAGCCUUCGAUGCCUUUGAGGCCGACCCCCGCUUCGCCUCAGCAGAGGUUGUGCUAGAAGCGCUUAAAGCGGCCGAGAGCCCCUACGCCCAAGACGAGGCUCGCAACAAGCUCGACUCCGUGACAAAGUACGUCAAGAAGUGGAUGAAGGCAUACCGAACUCUCAAUGAGAAGUACCGUGUGGCCCAAGAUCUAUCAAGGAAGCGCAUCGCCUACCAGAGUUUUGCCGUUGGCGAUCUCUGCCUCUUCUUGCCAACGCGAAACGAUACAAGCGCAUCGAAGCCCUGGGCGGCUUUCAACGUGGGAUCGCCGCAUCAUUUUUUGAACAAAGAGAGCGCCAUGGUUGAGCAGCGCAAAAAUCGGGACUGGGUCCUGUCUCGCAUAACUUCAAUUUCGGAAAGGGUCACCAACUCAGCCGCUGGAGAGGAGGGCAACCCUUUCAAUCUGCCCGAUGGUAUGCGCUACUACGUCUUGGACGCCGACCACGAGACUGUCAACACUGUCGGUGCUCCUGGUCCAACUCGACGAAAGACAUCGGCAUCAAUUGGUGAGGCUGGCUUUAAGACGCAACCUCAGCUGCGGAGGUCCGAGAGCGUCCCUCGAGCGUCUGGAUCUGCCUCUGCUUCUGCAGCGGUCGCGAUAGAUUCGCGUAGACAAGCGAGCGAAGGCCUUCCGCCUAUUGGCGGCGAAGAAACCAGUCCGCCGGCGCUGACGCCUGAGAAUGGGUCUCCCGCCCAGGGAGAAGCCGGCGGUGACGAUGGCAUCGCCGACCAGACCCAACGCACGUCGACAACCUUCCUCUCUACUUCGACGCCGGCUACUAUGUCGAAACCCAGUGCGAAUCCUCAGCGCCAAUCUCUCUCCCGUGCUUCCUCCCCACCAGCCAUCUCGGGCAUCGCCAGAGCCUUUAAAGGGAGUCACUGGCCUUACGAGGCGUCCGGCAACGGUCUAACGGGAGGUACAGCACGAUGGCCCCUGGCCUCUGAGCGAGAGCGAGAAAGAGGUUUGAACACAGCGGGUGGAGCGGGAGGAGGGCUUCGGUCGCCAGGAGGCAUCUUCGAUCUAGCCAGCCCGGCCUUUGGAACGAAGAGGAAGGCGGUUGGAACUGAUGUAGGCAUCGCUGCGACCCUUGCCAAACCGGCUGCUCGAGGAGAGGAGAGGCUGCCUUCCAAUGCUAUUGCUGCAUUGCCAUCCACAGCACGACUCCAGGAGCCUCCAAAUCCCUUUUCGCAGAGCCCUGCCCCGGCACUGAUGGGUGGCAAUGCGCCAAUGGAGGACUAUUUUGCGCAGAAGAACAAUAAGGGUGUGGAAGCCACUACUACUCCCGCGCAAGACAAAGGAAAAGGAAAGGAAGCUCGAUCCGGCGAGGAUGCGACUCUGUCGCAAGCUCCUCCAGCGAGGAGUGCUGGCCUCGCCGCCGGUCGGCGGCAGCGGAGAAGGCCAUCCACGACGUCGGUAACUUCCUCCAACGCUUCCUCCGUGGGUGCUUUCGCGGUUAGAUCUGCAGCGCCAAGGCCAACGCGUGCUAUUUCGGGCAUGACGAUGCAGACUGCCCAAGGAUCCAACUACUCGACUCCCUCUGUAGCGAUCGGAGCUCCCAAUGAGGCUGGUUCGUCUAGAGGCGAAGAUGCUUCCCCGAGAGCAGGCAGCAGCACAUUCUCGGCAGUGUCCUCAUCAACUUCGCCCAGGAUCAGUCAUGACGGCAAGCCGGGCGGAUCAGGCUUUUCCGUUCUCGCUCGCUCGCCCGUGUCCCCGCCGAGAGAGCCAAGAGCCGGACCGAGAAGAUCAUCGAACAUACAUCCUACCCAGACCCUCCCAGUCCGCACCCGAAAGACGAGCACGGUGAGCACCUCCGGCAACGUCAAAUCGCCCUUGAAAUUGUUUGGAAACCUUGGAGACUGGAGUGCGAGCCUGGGAAGGAGGAGUGGAUCGUCCUCGACGCUGCAUGCAGCAUCACGCUCGCAGCAGCACGAAGAUGAAGACGGAGACUCCGACGACGAGGGUAGAGGAGGAUUGCUAAGCGCCAGCCAAAGUUUGCGAAGACUGCACGAAUCAACAUUCACGCCCCCGUCAUGAUCAUGAUCGAUCUGUUUUCCUUCAUCUAGUCAGCGUUGUUCAUUCGCAAUGUAAAUCUGCUCUUCGAUCUGCCCAAGGAAGAAAAUAACCCUCGGUACAUUUCUUUAACAAAAAGGAUGGAGAAUCGCCGUAUUUGACAGGGAUGUCGCAGAAUUUAUGUAGAUGAGAUCCCAAAUU